CACCUGUGACCAUCCUCACCUUUUCUCAAGGUUCAUGUCGUUAUAACAAACUUAACAUGAACAUCACGGACUGCAUAACUGCAGAAAAAAUGAGAUAUAGAGUGUUGCUGUCCUCUACUGGUGAUUUUCACAAGAUAGCCUUGAUGAUCAUGAGAAGACGAACUUCUGCUGUGUGGUCCUAUCCUCGAGAGCACAAGUGGUGGGAUACCAUUGUACCUGAAUUCACUCCAGAACAGUUCAUCCAGAAUUUUCGGGUCUCACGGGAGUCUUUUGAGUACAUGUGUUAUCGUCUCAAGCAUGUGCUUGAACGAAAGAACACCAAUUUCCGCUUGUGUUUACCUGUAAAAAAACGAAUUGCCAUUGCCCUUUGGAAGCUUGCUACUGGCAAUGAGUACAGAAGUGUCAGUCAGCUUUUCGGGGUUGGCGUGAGCACUGUAUUCAACUGUGUGCAGGACUUCUGCAAUGCUGUAAUUAAAGUUCUUCUGCCUGUACACAUUAAAUUCCCAGAUUCAAAAAGGUUGAAAGAGAUGGCAGAUGUUUUUGAAAACCGCUGGAAUCUUCCUCAAUGUGUGGGUGCAAUAGAUGGAAGCCACAUUCCUAUUAUAGCACCUGAAAAAUACCCUCGUGACUAUUUUAACCGGAAAGGGUGGCAUUCAAUAGUAAUGCAAGCGGUAGUGGAUGGCAACGGGCUUUUCUGGGAUUUGUGUGUUGGCCAUCCUGGGAGCGUCCAUGAUGCAAGGGUCUUAAGAGAGUCUUAUUUGUGGAAAAUGUUGAAUGAUGGACACCCCUUAAAACAAAGCAAAGCACACAUCUCUGGUUGUGAUGUUGGAUACUACCUGAUUGGAGACUCAGCCUAUCCCUUGCAAAACUGGCUGAUGAAACCAUUUCCAGACACGGGCGGAUUAACCCCACAGCAGCAAAGGUUCAAUAUCAGGUUGAGCAGUGCAAGGUCCGUUGUGGACUCAAGUUUUGGAAGGCUAAAGGCAAGAUGGAAGUGUCUCUUAAAAAGGAAUGACUGUAAACUGGAGCUGAUAAAGAAGAUGGUUUUGACCUGCUGUGUGCUGCACAAUAUCUGUGAGGAACGUGACCCCUUCAGCGAAGACAUUUCAGCCGUCCAUAUGUACACACAGCCUCCCGUUCAGGCAUUAAUAGAUCACGAACCAGAAGGGACAGAUGUACAAACGGCAUUAUUAGACUACUUUAACAGACAGGACGGUGAAAUUAUUCAAGUAGUAUUGUAAUUAUUACUUUUUUUUUUCUCAGAUUCUUAAUUGCUGAUGGUGUUUAAUUGAGCUGUAUAUUGGCUUGUUAUAAAAAUAAAUAAAAAGGAAAAAAGGAAAAUAGAUUUGACAAAUGUAAAGUUUUAUUCUGUAAAGUACAAAGACAUAUACAGAAGCAAACUUGAGACACGUGUAUGAAGCGACAACUCAAGAGUAAACAAUGAAGAAAUGUUAAAACAUUUUGGUAACAGGAUUUGUAACCAAUUUUAAUUCUGCAAUGUAAAUACCAUCAUCCCACAUGCUGUAUGUUAUUUCUGUUUUAUGUAGAAAAGGGAAUGUAGUCUCUGAGGAAAAGUAGAAACCAUAGAAUGCAUGAUAAUGCCAUGUUCUUUGGAGCAAACUUUAAUAUUGGGAUUUAACACAGCCUUUAUUCCAAGAAAUCUGACGGUGAUGGUUCAGUCAGGCUCUUGAACCUGUAGAACAGAUGAAAUGCACACAAAAAAAGAAAAAAAAAAAGGG